GUGUCUCAAUCACAUAUCGGAAGGAGAAAAGAGAAAAGAAAAGAAUGAAUAUGUUGGUGGUGUUCCUCAACUGAAGCAAAAAAAGUGUAGUCGUUUACUUCUUUUCAUCUUCUUCUCUCUCUUUAGUCCCAAUACCACAUAAAUGAACUCAUACAUACAUUUCCAUAUUACAUAUACAUACACUGUACUCUCUCUCUCCCUCUCUCUCCGGUACCUUUCCACUGUACUUUUUUGAGAAAGCCACGCCACAUCAACAUUUAGCGUAAAUACCUACAAAGAAUGAGUUCAUCCUCAGGCCAGACUACUACUGGCCAUGAUCUCUCUUUCAAGAUCUUACUCAUCGGUGAUUCUGGUGUUGGAAAAAGUUGCCUACUCGUUACCUUCAUUUCCAGUUCAUCUAUCGAAGAUCUUUCACCAACCAUUGGUGUUGAUUUUAAGAUCAAAACACUCACUGUAGGUGGGAAGAGAUUAAAACUUACAAUUUGGGACACAGCUGGGCAGGAAAGGUUCAGGACUCUAACAAGUUCUUACUAUAGAGGAGCGCAAGGAAUUAUUCUCGUUUAUGAUGUCACGAAGAGAGAAACCUUUACAAAUUUAUCUGAAGUGUGGUCUAAGGAAUUGGAACUCUAUUCAACUAACCAGGAGUGCGUGAAGAUGCUAGUUGGAAAUAAAGUUGACAGAGAUUCUGAAAGGGCUGUGAGCAAGGAAGAGGGAUUAGCCCUUGCUAAAGAAUUGGGGUGUUUGCUUCUUGAAUGUAGUGCUAAAACUCGAGAGAAUGUGGAGAAGUGCUUUGAAGAACUCGCUCUAAAGAUAAUGGAGGCGCCUAGUCUAUUGGAAGAAGGAUCAACAGCAAUAAAAAGAAAUGUUUUAAAACAGAAACAAGAACCACAAGCACCACGGAACGGCGGCUGUUGCUCUUAAAAUGCUGCAUUGUGAACAUUUUGGAAAAUCCUGUAUAUGUGACUGUGAGCUUUUUCCCUAGUUUUUUUACUGCUGCCAGUGUCUUUUAGUUGCUCAAUUACUUGUGAUUGGGGGAAAUUGGCAACAAUGACAUUUAUCAGCUUGUGUAAAUUUGUUUGCCUUUGAAUGAUUCUAUCAUUUGUGUGUUGCUCCCAAGUCAAAAUCUGAUAAUGAUAUACUUGCACAAUUAAAUUUAUGUUUACUCAUUCACAAACUUGUACAAACUAUAUAACAUGGUAAUGUUUAAAAUUAUAGGGUUUGUUCCAAUCAAA